GCCAAGGCAGUUACGUGACGUUUCCACAUCCAUCGCUGUCGCUGAUGACGGUGGUAAAUGGCAGGGAAGAGAAGUGUCUGGUUAAAAACAACACUAUUUCCCCUCCAGCCCAGCGGCUUCCCUUCCUGAAGACACCGACUCAACAGAAUGAAGCAAUGCGGGCCGGAGGACUCGGCAGGCGGUGAAGUUUACCGGGAGAUCCCGGGAUUCUGAAACGUGCCUAACGUUGUUGUCUGGGCCUGCUGCUAACGACGGGGGGAAUAUUCGGGCUGACUCGGCAGGCGAACACCCGGGGGACGAGAAGAGGACCGAGGGACUGGAGCUCCGGGACCACCGGGACUCUCCGACGCCGCCGGGAGAACCCGUCGCCUCCUCACAGUUCGCGACGGACAGAAAUCCCCGUAGCCGAGUUGGUAGUUUGACUCCCUGCCAGCCUUAGCGCUGCGGUGUUUGCUAGCUAACUCGGCUAGGAGCCUCAACUGAAAAGUAGACAGCUGGUUGCGUUUGUUGACUCUCGGUUUGACUCCCAAGCACACUUCAGCGAGCUGUCGGAGACUUGUAAGGGGCCGCUGCCUCCGGAGGGAAGGUCGCUGGCUCGCUGGCUACUUGGUCGGGCUGCCCCGGCUAAUGUUAUCGCACACUUUGGAGCGUAUGUGGGAAAGUUUGCUAGCUUGUUGAGCUGUGCAGUCAUGGCUCGCCACCAGCCCUGCUGUCUUUGGUACGUUUAGUGUAACGUGAAGCCCCACCCCCGGUGAGAGCGGCCUGAGACGCAUAGGCGGCUUUCUCCGCUCUCCCCAGACAGCCGCCGGGUCAAGGCUGCGGUCUGAUGCCGUCGGGACUCGCAGCUUUCUCCCGUUCUGCCAGUCACUGUCGCGCCUUCGGCAACAUCUAACAGCGGCCACACCGGAAGGGACCGCGUCGUUUUUUGGGACCUCCUUUUGCUGCGGGAAAGCUCCCCGCCCACGCGGACCAAAGAUGAAUCGCUACCUGCCCGUGGCGCGGCAGCACUUCCUGGCCGCCCUGGCCAGCACCAGCGUGGUGGUGAAAGCCAUCAGCGCCGCGGUGGUCCUCCUCUACCUGCUGUCCUGGGCCGUGGACACCCCCUACGCCCUGGGGGUGACCCCCGGCUACCUCUUUCCGCCCAACUUCUGGGUGUGGACUCUGGUGACCCACGGGCUGGUGGAGCAGCACGCGUGGGGCGUGGCGGCCAGCGUGGGGACGGUCAUGACCUGCGGGCGCCUCCUGGAGCCCCUGUGGGGGGCUCUGGAGCUGCUGAUCUUCUUCGCGGUGGUCAACGUGUCGGCGGGGGUCCUGGCGGGCCUCUCCUACCUCCUCACCUACGUGGCCACCUUUGACCUGGACUUCCUGUUUGCUGUGCGCAUCCACGGGGCCGCCGGCUUCUUGGGAGGGGUCCUGGUGGCUCUGAAGCAGACCAUGGGGGACACCACGGUUCUCCGAGUUCCACAGGUGAGGCUGAAGGCGGCCCCCGCUCUGGUGCUCCUCCUGCUGGCCCUGCUGCGGCUGUCCGGGCUGCUGGACAGCUGCGCCCCGCUGGCCGCCUACAGCUACGGCGCGCUGUCCGGCUGGGUGUACCUGCGCUUCUACCAGAGGCACAGCCGGGGCCGCGGCGACAUGUCCGACCACUUCGCCUUCGCCAGUUUCUUCCCCGAGGCGGUGCAGCCGGUGGUGGGGCUGCUGGCGGGGCUGGUGCACGCCGCCCUGGUCAAGAUAAAGGUGUGCAGGAAGAUGGUGAAGAGAUACGACGUGGGGGCUCCCUCCUCCAUCACCAUCAGCCUGCCAGGGACCGACCCGCAGGACGCCGAGAGACGGAGGCAACUGGCCCUGAAAGCCCUGAACGAACGUCUAAAGCGAGUGGAGGACCAGUCGGCCUGGCCCAGCAUGGACGACGAGGAAGACGACGAGGACGACGAGGUCCGGACCGACACCCAGCCGCUCCUCUCCGGCGGCCGCGACGCCUCGUCGUCCGCACCGAGGACCUCCGGGGGGGCCGCCGGCGCCUCCGGCUCCCCGUCGUCGCAGAGCGGUGGGUCCGCAUCUUCAGGCGGCGUGCAACACUCCGAGUCCAGCAUCAUCACCUUUGAGGACGCAAGCUCUAGAUCAUAGCAAGAGGAACCCUGGGGAGCGGAGAUGGACUCUGUGGUUGGUGUCACUGACGGCUAUACUAGCUAUACGUUCAGUAGCCAUGAUUAGAUGUCGAUGUUUCACUCUAUACACAACAUCUGUGAUGAGUUGCGCUCUCACAGACACUCUGUCUACAGACUGUAAAGUGCUUUCAGUUCAGACAUGUCGGUCGCAAACGCUCAGCGCAGCUGGACAAGCUACGACCCCAGUUCCUGUCCUCCUCCCCACGUAAAAUAAAAAAUCUGCUUGCUAGGGCCGAACCUCGACUUGCAGAACUCCGAUCGACGCUUCAUGUGUUUCGCCUUCUUUCCGAAAUAACUAAAUCGCAGCUCAAAUCUCUUUUUUUUCCCCCACCCCCUAGUCUUUUAAGAACAGGCUUGUCUGUUGUUCUGCCCGCUGCGAGCUAACGGUUGAUGUCCAGAGACGCACGCGGGGAGCUUUUGAUGCUUUCCAGUGACACUAGCUGGUGGUUCCAGAUGUGUCACCAGAUGUGUACCACAAAGUGCGUACGGCAUCUAGGUGGCACCGCCCUGCUGAACCCGGAGCGAGGAAGCUGCAGUGGAACGGAGACGCCAAAGCGCAGAGACUCGCUCCAUGGGAACUCUCCAGAAACGUUUUCUUCGCCACAGGAAGUCUCCGUGGAGCCGCAGAGAGAGAGAAGUGAAGAAUCCGCUUGUUUUUAUUUUUCACUGCUUUGCUCCAACAGUAGAAAAUGUUUUUGUUUUUUCUUCGUAUUCUGACUCUGGUGAUCUCUAAAGGAAAUUCAAAUGUAGGUUUCUUUUUUGUUGUUGCUAUUGAAAGAAGGCGACUUGUUGCGCCCGUCACUCACUCACUCCUCUGCAGAGCGUUGUCGUUUUUAAGAGUUUUCAGUUUGAAAUGUUCCGGCUAACUCUGGGCUUAAUGCUUUGCCUCGGUCUGCAUCUGGAGCUGUCCUGCAGACUUGGGACGUGUAAAAUGAGCAGGCGGGCCAGAUCUGUGAACGUGGCGGCCAUUUUCAUAUUCACUGAUGCGUCAACAGGCGGUGAUGUGCAAGAAAAGUGUAGAAAACAACCUUUUUGGGGAGGGGGUUAACAGGUAAAGGUUUGCGAUUUCUUGAUUUCAGUUUGAUUGUUGGGACUUUUUUUCUUUCAGGUUUUGGACAUUAAACCCACAAGUUCACUCAC